AACGUAAACAUGCUCUCAAGUCUCGGUGCUUCGGAGUCGCCAAGCUCCUGAUGUGUUCCUCCUCCACCUGAGACCUGCUUGAACACCGCGCUCUGCUCAUGAGGUUUGCUCUAGCGCCACCUCUCAUCGAUUGGAAGGUGCAGUGAAGAGGGGCUGAUGAGGAGGGCAAAUCAUCAUGGCCCUUCUGAUUUGGAUUCUUUUCAUGAGUCGUGUACAUGUUAACAGCAUUGUUUUGUCCCUCUAAACAUCUAUUGCAAUACAAAUGUUGAAGGAAGUACCUUGUUCUCAAAUGCCUUUUUAAAAUCCUAUUUCAUGUUUUGUGGCCAAGCUAUUCACCACUUAAAAGCCAUUCUAGAAUUUAUGGUUUGCGAUAAGUGUCUUCAAAUAAUAGAUCAUCAAAUAGCAUGUUUUAAACAUGGUGAAAGUGCACAUUUCCCGGUGUUGUGUUUAAGUCACAAAAUGUUUAGUUCCAUUUCAUGUUUCUCUUCUCCACUGCUGUCUUUUGGCUUUUUUUUUUUUACUUGCCAAUGCACUGUUAUAGUUAGUGAUCGGGCCAAGUCAAGUGACCCGUGCUUUUAUACCUGGACCUGAAGACAGCAUCACUAGUCUCAUCUAUUUGGGAUCUGGGAAGCGGGCAGGGGGCGUCUCUCCUGCGGACGAUUGCCUCCUCCUCCUCUUCCACCACCGUGGAAGGAGGCGGAGGAGGCUCGGGGGAUCUCCUCCUGGACAACAGACCCACAUUCAAAGCGGGGCACGCCGAUUACAUCACGCCCAGUGUGCAGGAUAUAACGCCGCUCGGGACUCCGGCGCCAAGCUCUUCUGCGCAGUUGAGAGGCGAACACGAUGCCGAGUCGGACCGCGCCGAACCCGCGGACCCGCCUCCGUGCCAACACCGUCCACUGACCCCCCAGCGGAGUGUCUGCCCGGCUCAUCAUGGGAUUUGUCUGACCCUGGCGCCUCUUCUCCUGCCCCGCGCGCACCGACUCUCCAACAUGGAGCAGAACCCGCAGCCAGUGGCCGUGUAUCUGCUGGUUCUGUCCCUCGGACUGAUGCUGGACUCCGGACUUUGUCAGCACUACUAUUUCCUACGACCCAUCCCGAGUGACAGCCUGCCGCUGGUGGAGCUUAAGGAGGACCCGGAUCCCGUCUUUGACCCGAGAGAGCGGGACCUGAACGAGACUGACCUCAGGAGCGUCCUGGGAGACUUUGACAGCCGUUACCUCUCCAUCUCGCCCCCGCUGGACGACAAGAACAACGGGGACGAAGAGCUGGACGAGCUGGAGGUGCAGAAGCCCUCCGGAGUUCUGCCCAAGGAGAUCCGGGCGCUGGACUUGGACGUCCAGUUCGGAAAGAAGCACAAGCCCAACAAGAAGCUGAAGCGCCGGCUGCAGCAGUGGCUGUGGGCGUACUCCUUCUGCCCGGUCCUCAGCACCUGGACCGACCUGGGCAACCGCUUCUGGCCGCGCUUCGUGCGCGUGGGCAGCUGCCUCAGCAAGCGCUCGUGCUCGGUGCCGGAGGGCAUGACGUGCAAACCCUCCAACUCGACCCACCUGACCAUACUCCGGUGGAGGUGCGUGCAGCGCAAAGCGGGGCUCAAGUGCGGCUGGAUCCCGGUGCAGUACCCGAUCAUCACGGACUGCCAGUGCUCGUGCCCCAGCUGAACUCCAGCCACGAGCCCUCCCGUGCCCCGCCGAGUGUAGGAAUGUAUCUGGGUCCGAACGCAGGCAGUAUUAUUGUAACCCGAGUCCACCUGACCGCAGCACACUUUUGUAUUUAUGGACAACACGGACUCCGAGUCGCGCCUGGACUCGUCUCAUCCUGUAAAUUAAGGACGUUGGCUAUUUAUUCUACAGUAUAUAUUCGUACAAUAAAACAACACUGAGACGCUUUUCAACACGUGACUGUGCUUUAUUCUAACUUGAUAUGACGUCAUGAACAGAUGAACGAAGGGGUGUGGGUUUUCGAGCGGCGACACAUUGAUCCGAGUACUGGGGGCGCAAAUAUUCCACAGUGAACUGUGCGGUUUCCGUGUUGAUAUCGUCGCAACGAUGAGUCAUGACAUGUAAGUGUACAGCCACAAACCCCCCCCCGAAGAACAGUCAACCAAUUAAUGUCAAAUCUCAUGUCGAAAUACGACUGAAGUAUUUGAUCUGUAUUUUCAUUAAUACUGUCAUUAAUCCACCCAUUUUAAGUUCAACUCAUUUUCUGCCUCAAACUAACUCAUAAUAAUCGAAACAAAGUCAUUCUCAAAUAUGGUGAAAAAAUAUUACUGCGACAGAACAAUAGUUACUACUUCAAGGCUUACUAUUAUUCUAAGACAAAGUGAAGCUACCUGCAGCAGUAGGUUAGAUUUUGGUUUUUUUUUUUUUUUGUAGGGUAUUUUCCAAGCUUGAUGACAUGGUUAUCUCGCUCUGGCUCAUUUUUCUGAUUCAUCCAUGUUGCCUCAAACAGCAGUGUCUUCUGCAUCACAGUUGCCAUGGAUACCAUCAGUCGUGGUCUGAUAUGAGCCGCUGUGAAAAACUCUCAGCCCUUCAUCUGCUCUGUGUGGCGCUCGGCCGGAGGCGAGGUGACACACGUGGAGCCCUGAGAGUCGGCUGGUGGACGCCUGUGCCCUUGCCUCUGCUGGGAAAACGUGGUUGUGCAACACCUGCUGCAAUGCUACGCAUGUCCUCCCACUGUCCACACUCUGACGGCUUGUAGAAAAGCUGCGUGAACUGUACACCUGAAGAUAGUUACCCGGAGCUCGAUCAAGGGCCUCAAAUGGCCCCUGAACCAGUCUUUGGUUAUGCUACGUUAAACCAUGUUCGUAUGAUCAUCUUGACCCGCGUUUCUGCUGUCACAGGCGCAGGAUUGAACCAGGUUCAACUUCUCGGUUGCAGUUUAAUAUAUUGGUUGCGGUAGUGGUGUGACCUCCCUCUCCCCACCCUCCCUGUGUUCUGGCGGGGCAGACAGCGGGGCAC